CCAUGUGUAUAGUUGCAUUCUUGUUAAGAUAAAUUAGUAUGUUGACGUAUGUAAAUUCUUUGUUUAGUAAUUCAUCUCGUUUUGUCGGCUGUUUCCAAAAAUGAUAGCGUUCUGUAAACUUGUGCACUCAGUUAAUAAAUAAAUAAAUUAAUUAAAUUAAAUUAAUAAUAAAUAAGUAAAUAAAUAAUUGAAUUAAAUUGUGAUUAAAAUAAGACAAAUAUUAGUUUUUAAUCUAUUAAAAUAAAUAAAAACGAUUUAUAUAAAUAAAAAAAAAUAUAUUAAAAUGAAAUAAAUGAAAAAUAAGUAAAGAAUAAAUUUAACAGUACAAUACUAUAGCGAGUGUUAGUUGCAUCUAAAAUAUCUUAAACCCCUGGUUUAGGAGUUAACAGUUUAUAGUUGUGCAUCGCUUCGUUGUCGACGCCUCAUAUUGUUUGUGUUUCUUCAGUUGCUUGGCUCGGUGGUGAUUUUGCGCUGCUCGCGACACUGACCUCUCGAGACCCGCUGUGUGAGUGCGCGUGUGUGAAGCGCUCAGCUGUCUGUCACAGCAGCACGCGCUUCUUCACAACACAACCAGCCAGCCAACAGACUACACACACGCACAGUGGCGCUGCGACAACUGAGUUCUUCAAUUAUGCACCGCUAGAUAUGUUUUUAAAAUUAAAGCAAAGCGAACCAGUAUCCGCGUCAAAAUGGACUGGUGUACAUCUUCAUAUUGAGAGUUGUACGGGAUGGUCUGAAGUAUCGUGUUUACUCCCGAAGCUUUUGCAUUAAAGCACAAUGUACACGUUUGACAGCAGUGCCUAAUAUUUUAUCAGCACCGUUUGUGCUGAAUAUGACAGAGGAUACUAUGACGGCUGUGCGCGGAAAUCUUUCUCAAACAGCAGGUGCUUCGGGACAAAAGGAUAGCGGACAAACUGAAACGACAAACGGGGCGAUUCCUUCCUCCUCACCGGCGGAGCUCAGCGAGGACUCUCCGUCCUGCACCAGCGAACUGACCCGCACGUGGCUGCAGUUCGCCAAGACCUUCGUCAUUAUCUUCCCCAUAUAUGUCUUGGGUUAUUUUGAGUUCAGCUUUAGUUGGCUUUUAAUCGCACUCACAAUAUUUUUCUUUUGGAAGAGAAACACGAAGUGUAAGAACACGAGGCUGACAAGAGCACUCUCCAUUUUUGAGCAAGAGGACACUGUUAAACAGGAGCUGGAAGCAACUGAGUUACCAUCAUGGGUUCAUUAUCCAGAUGUGGAGAGAGUUGAGUGGCUAAAUAAGACAGUGAAACAGAUGUGGCCUUACGUGUGCCAGUUUGUGGAGAAGCUGUUUAAAGGAACAAUCGAGCCAGCCAUCAAAGAAGCCAAUGCCCACCUCAGUACAUUCAGCUUCACCAAGAUCGAUCUCGGAGAUAAUCCUCUCCGGAUCAACGGGGUCAAAGUUUACUCAGAGAACGUGGACAAACGGCAGAUCAUCAUGGACCUUCAGAUCAGCUACGUUGGAAAUACUGAAAUCGAUGUAGAUAUCAAAAGGUACUACUGUAGAGCAGGAAUCAAAAGUAUACAGCUACAUGGAGUUCUGCGCGUGAUUCUGGAACCACUUUUGGGGAAUAUGCCGCUGGUUGGUGCUCUUUCCCUCUUCUUCCUCAAGAAGCCACUGUUGGACAUAAACUGGACAGGCCUCACAAACAUAUUGGACAUUCCAGGGAUUAAUGGCUUUUCAGACCACAUGAUCCAGGAUAUAAUCAGCACUUACAUGGUGUUACCCAACAGGAUCACUGUACCACUGAUAGGUGAGGUUGAACUGGCACAGCUCCGUUUCCCUAUGCCAAAGGGAGUUCUAAGGAUUCAUUUCCUUGAGGCUCAGAAUCUGGAAGUUAAGGACACGUAUCUGGGUGGGCUGAUCAAAGGCAAGUCUGACCCAUAUGGCAUGCUGCUGGUCAGCAACCAGCUUUUUAGAAGCAAGACCAUCAAAGAAUGUGUGCACCCCAAAUGGAACGAGGUGUAUGAGGCACUAGUAUAUGAACAUUCAGGACAACAUCUGGAAAUAGAGCUCUUCGAUGAAGACCCAGAUAAAGAUGACUUCUUGGGCAGUCUAAUGAUUGACUUGAGUGAGCUUCAUAAAGAACAGAAGGUUGAUGAGUGGUUUGACUUGGAAGAAGUUACGACAGGCAAACUUCAUCUUAGAUUAGAGUGGCUGUCAUUAUACCCGAGUGCUGAAAAACUAGAUCAAGUACUGAGGAGCAUAAGGACUAAUGAAAAUCUCUCUUCAGUUCUGCUAGUUGUUUACCUGGACUCUGCCAGUAAUUUGCCGAGUGUCUUUGAGGGCAGCUUUGGCUGUGGAAACCUAAAGGAGAGGAGGGCCUCUGGUCUAGUCUUUUGUGAGAACCCCGACUCUCUCUAUAGAACAUUAUUUUCUGGGAAGAAAAUGAGCAUAGAUCCAAAUCCUUUUGUCAAACUGACUGUAGGACAAAAGAUGUACACAAGCAAGGUUAGGUAUAAAACUAGUGAGCCGCUGUGGGAGGAGGCCUUUUUCUUCCUUAUCAACAACCCCCGCACUCAGGAACUGGAAAUUGAGGUGAGGGAUAGUAAGCACAAAUGCGCUCUGGGUAGUGUGCGCAUGGCACUUGGUUCUCUCCUGAAGGAGGCGGACAUGACGCUGAGUCAGCAGUUCCCACUGCAGAACUCUGGCCCAAACAGCGCCCUCAAACUCAAAAUGGCUCUCAGGGUCCUCUGUUUGGAGAAGGAGGUCACUUCCAGCCAGCCGUCAUCUGUCCGGGUCAGACACACUAGUCAGAAUAACAAUAGCGUGUCCCCACAACCUCAAACAGCCACUAGCACCAGCAACUCCACAGUCAUUCAGCCGUCGCACAACCAACCAUGUACCCCUCCACCGGACACCCCUCAAGGGAAAAGAGGAUCGGAUGGUUCCCCGGUGCGGCUAGCAGAGGUAGGCCGCAGUGUCUCCAGUCUAGUGAUAAGCAGCUCGCACAAGCAUCAGUCUCACAGAGACUCUACACCUAGUCUGGCUUCUGACAUUUCACUGCCCUGUGCCACGAUGGAACUGCAGCAGCGGUUACAGCAGCUACAAAAUGGCUCUGGGCUGAGCCAAUUUCCACUUGGUGAAGUCCAGCUCACUAUUCGACACAGUUCACAAAGGAAUAAACUUAUUGUAGUGGUUCAUGCCUGCAGAAACCUUAUAGCACUGACCAGAGAUGGCUCAGACCCAUACAUCCGCCUAUACCUGUUACCAGACAAGAGCCGGAGUGGCCGCAGAAAAACCAGCACACUUAAGAAGACACUGAACCCCGUCUAUGACCAGUCCUUUGAGUUCAGCGUGUCUAUAGUGGAACUGCACAGGAGGACAGUUGAUGUUGCUGUGAAGAAUGGAGGAGGACUGCUGUCCAAACACAAAGUACUACUGGGCAAGGCACUUGUGGACUUGGCAAGUGAAGACAUUUCUAAAGGAUGGACUCAAUGGUAUUAUCUGACCGAGGAUGGAUCAAAGAAGAUAAAUCAGACGUAGUGGUCCAUGCAAGAAAGCAGGAAAGAAUGAAACGGCAGAUAACUGGGACAUGUCACGGCCUGCACAGGAUCACGUAGAAUCUUUAGUAGCAGAAGAGCAUCGUUGGACUAACUAAACCAGGCUACUUCUACUGGGAUUUGCACUGGCCUACAAAGUGUCUCUCUCAUUAUCACCAAAGCUGAAAUUGGUACCUCUAGCAUCAGUGACCUGCUUUUAAGGAUGAAAUCUUUUUUGUUUUGUUUUGUCCGCUUGUUUUUGUUUUAUCCUUUAGUCCAGUUUAUCUUAUUAGUUCUUGCACACGUUUAUUUUUGUCCAGUUGAUAAAAAUGGUUACCCACAAAGUUAAUCAACUAUAAAACAACAGUAGGAAAAAAUAACAAUUUAGGUUUGUGAAUACAUACACUCUUAUUUAUUGUAUAAUUUAUGUUGAUAAUAUUCUGAAACUUUUUUACUUACAUGGUACUAAAUUUUGUGAACUAUUAAAAUCACAACAGAAAAAAAUAUUUCUGUUACUAUAGUCUUUGUUUGAGGCAGCAUAUUACACAAAACACAUGGCCAAAAAGUAUAGGGACACAUUUACAAAAGAAAAACGCCACAUGUGUAUGUAUGUAUGUAUGUAUAUAUGUAUGUAUGUAUGUAUUAACAGUUAUGUUUUCCUGGAUUUUAUGCUGCUGUUUUUUCUACCACAAAUGGUAAAGGAAAUUCUAAGUUAUGUUCAGCUCUUCAUAAAUAAUCCUUUGAUAAUACUUUAUUUUAAAAGUAUUUCACUGUUUCCUAUUGCACGGCACAAAAUGAAAAGCCUGUACAGAAAUGUUUGAUAUCUAUUUUGUUCGCAAGGGUUUUAUCAGGUUAAGAAAAAUACUGUAUAUAUUAUGUUACAUUUUUAAGUAGAUUAAUAGCUUGGUUACAAAGUGUUUUGCUCAUGGAUUGUUUAAAGACUGUGAAUUGGCUGUUGGUGUGAUUUCCAGCCUUAUUCUUCUCUAUGCAUAAUGCAUGAUAUCAUUAAAAGAUGAAAUUCAAUUUGAAUCACA